AUGUCAGCUGGCCAGCACUCUCACCGGGCACUGCCCGGCUGUGUUCCGAGCAUCACCGUCGAGUCUGAUGUCGGGCACUGUCAUGACGACACUGGUAGCAGUCCCAACAGGAGGACUUACUCUCAAACCAUCGGCAUGUCCACAGCCAUCACGCAUGCCCAGGAGAAAAUUCUCAGAGUUCGUCCUCAAAACAAGCCAACCACUCAUCCCUGCAUCAAGUCAGACUUCCCUAGUGAUGGGAUCUGCUUGGAAAGGGCUAACGUGAAGAGUCUCUUGAAUUUGAGGGAGCCGAAGAACUUCGGGUUUGCAGCAGCGGAUCCACGGAAACCGGCGUCCCAUCCGCCCUGGGAGCGCAGGCCCGUGGCCUACUCCGCGGCAUCCACGCCCGGCGCCUCUGCCUCUUACUCCACGGCACCCGCAGCCGCUCGCCGGUCCCGCUGCCCCCGCCCUGCCGCCCCCGCCCCGCCGCCGGCCCUCCGUCAGCCCAUUGCCCGCUCGCGUCUCUCCCGCCGAGCCUGGCUGCGCGCCAGGGCGCCCCGCCGCCGGCCCGCCCCUCGCCCGCCGCGCCCGGCCCGCCGCAUGGUGCGGGCGCCCUCCGCCCCUCGGCCCCGCGCCACGCCCCCCGCGCACAGAGCGCGCUCCCCCAGCGCGGCCAGCGUGGGGUCCCUAGCCCCUGCCUUGAGCGCUGGACACAAUGAGCGUCCCCGCCCGCGCUUCGCCUGCCACAGCCCGUAA